AUGCAAACUUUACUCACAAUCUUUCUCUUUACAUCCUUAUUCACUCCCUCCCUUUCAAGCUUCCUAGCUGAGCCAGUCUCUGGCCAAAACCAACCUCUAAAACCAGGAGACUCUUCGAACCCCAACACAGUCCCUGCAUUUCCAGUCCAAACCGAGUCUCAAAUUUGCCACUUAGACCUCUCAGCUGAACUUUUUGGUGGUGUAAAUGAUGCAUGUGGUAGAGACCUUGACAGGAGCCGGUGCUGUCCAGUUCUUGCAGCUUGGCUCUUUGCAGCUCAUGCAAGGUCGGCCCUUCAAGUCCAAGCUUCAGCACCAACAUCAUCAUCACCUGAUUUGCCAAUGAUGCCUGAUGAUUCACAAAAAUGUGUGAAUUCGUUACAAAGUGCACUUCUGAGUAAAAAUGUGAAGUUGCCACAGCCGAAUGCUAGCUGUGAUGCUAUACUGUGUUUCUGUGGGAUUAGGCUUCAUCAGAUUAGUUCACUUAGUUGUCCUGCCGCUUUUAAUGUCAGUUCUGGGUUUCACAAUGCAACUCCUACUGCUGCUGUAAGGAAUUUGGAGAGGAAUUGUAAGAAUUCCUCUUAUACGGGGUGUACUAAGUGCCUUGGUGCCCUCCAAAAGCUGAAGGCCAAGAAUGGAACACAAGACAAGAGCACAAGAGAUGAAAGGGCAAGCAAAAUGUUCAACAGGGAUUGCCAGCUAAUGGGUCUAACUUGGCUACUUGCAAGAAACAAAACUGAGUACAUCCCAACAGUUUCUGCUGUUUUAAGAGCCAUAAUGUACAGUACAAACCCACCAGUGCAUGAAUCCAAGUGCAGCCCUGAUCAAGAAAACAUGCCAUUGGCUGUUGAUUCACUACAAUUUGAGAAGACACAGUCAUCUUCUUCCUCAAGAUCGACAGCAUCAUGGUCUGCUUUUUGCAUGGUUGAUGGUUCUAAGAGGUUUCAAGAUAGAGUUGGAUAG